AAUGCAGUUCAAACUUUACAUAUUUAGUUCUACGGUUUUGCAACGUCUUUGACUAGUUUCCAAGUAAAUCGGUAUCGAUGACAGUUUAUUUUAGAGGAUUGAACGGCGAGUAGUUACGAGCACACUGUCAGUCAGUACUUGAGAGAUCGGACUCUCCUGUUUUAUUUCAUUUUUGGCUUGAAUAUGGACUUCGUUUACCGUCCUGUGAUUCUGUGUAUAACUUAGUGCUUCCACGGACAAUCACUAGCGAUUUGGAUGGGAGUUUGUAGCUGACUCGUUAUUCAUCAAAAACGUUAUCCACUUUAAUUCAUAAAAUAAGACUCUAAAAUUUUAUUAGCUAAGUUUUACGCGUAUGUAACUAUUUUUGGACAGUUACGAUAUUAGUGACGCCGACUCUUACGUGAUAUAUCUAUUAUUGCUUGGGAAUAUGAACAAUUAAAGCAGUACGUGACAACAGUCAACACCCCACAUCAAAAGUUUGCUAUGUUUUAAAAAUCACGUUGACAGUGAAUAAUUUUGUGUUAGUUGGUACAUCCAUGGUCCUUGCAUUGAAUCUGUGUAGAACAAUAGCGUCAGUAAACUACCGUAUACAAAAAAGUGCCUUUUUGACAGCGUAUGUACGGGCGUGUGCCUACAAUUCAUAUACAACGCCCAGGUGCAACACGCGCAAAAAGAAAAAGCGACGUAUCAUCUGCAGAGGUGCAGAAUGCAACAAUAAAAUAUCCCGAAAUUGGGAGUUUACACCCAACGGAUCAAAUAUGUAUUACUCAGAUCAACGGAAGUUACCCUUGAGAUUGGUGUCAUAUAAUGUGCUGGCUCAAGAUCUCCUGGAGAGCCACAGAUACUUAUACGCCGAAUGUAAAGAGGAGGAUCUGGUUUGGGAGAAACGUUGGAAGCGCAUCUUGGAAGAGAUUACUUCUGCAGAGCCUGAUGUAAUUUGUCUUCAGGAAGUUCAGGAGGAUCACUGGGAUCCAUUUUAUGUAAAUGAACUCUCAAAACUAGGUUAUAAGGGUCUGUACAAGAAACGAACAGGGGCCCGAGUGGAUGGUGUUGCCCUGUGGUACCGCUCAUCGCUUUUUCGUGUGGACAUUUGGAGUGCUGUUGAGUUCAACAUUCCCGGGGAACCUUACCUGGAUCGUGACAAUGUUGCUAUAGUAGCCAGAUUGGUUCCUACGAUACCUGGUUGGCAGCAUUUGGCAGUCGUAGUAGCCACCACUCACUUGCUGUACAACACUCGCCGCCAUGACAUAAAACUGGCUCAGACCCAGUUGCUGUUAACAGAGUGUGAGUCGCUGGCGUAUCGCUCAGAUGCCGCCAGAUUUGGUGGUCCACAGUAUUGGCCAUUGAUAAUCACAGGAGACUUUAAUCUACUCCCAUAUUCAGGAGUGUAUAAAUUGCUCACAAAAGGGAGACUGGAGUAUGAAGGCUUAUGUGCCAAGACUUUGACACUGAUGCCUCCAGGAGAAGAUGGGAAAAGACUUGGAAAGAAGUUAAUCUCUCCAGAACGUAACAUAACUGACAAUUGUCAGUAUGUCUAUGACAUCCUAAACAGGCUUGAAGUGGAGGCUGGAGCUCCAGUGCAAGAAUGUUUGGCACCAACUCUAGACACUACACUGCAGAACAUCAUCUCUAAGCAACCUGCUGUGGCAAAACAUCAUUGCUUCGCAGAUCUCAAAUUUGGAACAGGAACUCUCUCUCAUCCUUUCAAGCUACGCUCAGUAUAUUCACAUGGGAAACUCAACUCUGAUAUGGCAGAGGCAACAACAUAUCAAAAUGGUUGGUGCUCUGUGGACUAUAUAUUUUACAGUGUUCCUCAUGGUUUAAAAACUGAAGGCAAUCUGAAGAUGACAGCAAGGUACAAACUAUUUACACGUGGUGAAGCAAAAACUGUUGGUCCAAUUCCAAAUGAUGAACAUCCAUCCGAUCAUUAUCCAUUGAUGGUACAUUUCAUUCUUGUUCCAUGAUGAUUAUCAAAUAUUGCCUGAGAGCUGUGAAGGUAAUUCUUGUGACACACACACACACACACACACACACACACACACACACACACACACAUCUGUGUAGGAAUUAUAGCAGCAUUUUUAUUAAUCUAAAAGUGAAGAUGUGGUUGAUGGAAGAGAUUAAUUCAGAACUUUCAUGCAUACAUCUCUCAUGUGUUUGUUAUUAAGUACAGCAUAUUUGUAAACAUUAAUGUAAAGAACAGAGUGACAUCAUGGUUAUGUAUCAAGUUGAGUGUUCUAAGUAACAGUAAGAUGUGAAAUAAGAAACAUGAAUGUAGCUGUAAAAGAAACACUGUGUAUUUUAUUACAGAUAUGUCUAAGUUAAGCACUUACAAAAUAAAAAAUCUGUGGAAUUUGUCUUCUUUGCACCCUCUUUCGUAUUGUUUCUUUGUUUUAUUGUCUCAGGAAGAGGCAGACUGUGCCAGUAAACAUCAGUAUCUUGAGUUUUGAUUAGUGCAUAUAUCAUGAAAAAAAUAUCAUUGUCACACUAAAUUUUUGUUACUCUAUACUACUUUAGUUUUAAUCAGCUUGCACAGAUGUUUAAAAGAAGAUAUUUACACCAAAGGACAACUUUUCUUAAAUGACUUUGUGGGAAUAGAAUAAUGUCCGAACAGCAUUUGUUGCCCACUACCGUUGGUGUCGAAAGCUAGUGAUAUUCGGACAUUGUGGCUUUGAUUUUACCUAAUGAGAUUUAGAUGAGUGGAUGUAAUGUUGUAAUUGUAUUAACAAGGAGAAUUACCACAGUGUAACAUUUGGAGGUAAUUCUCAUUUGUUUUAUGCAUGGGUAUCUUAUGUGCGUAAUUCUCUUGUGGGAAUUUUUUCCUGUGAAUGUACUUUUUCCAUGGUGGCUCUCUAUUUCCCACAUUUUCUUUAUGAAUUUAAAGUAAUUUGCUUGUGUGCACUGAGUAUGUGCCUUCUAAUAACAUGUAUAUUUUCAUGUAAGUGUUGACGAUUUCUACCAUUGUAGUAUAUGUACAUAAAAAAUAAAUUAUUUGUGUUUUUUGUUGAUGCUGUUA